AUGGCAGAUACAACGAUCGCACCUGCAAUGGACAAGUCCGUCGACGAGCAGGACUUGGAGGGACACCAGUCUGCUACCCAUGCAGAGCACUCUACGAUUCCAACGACUGCUGCUGAACGCGAGCCAUACGGCCCGCCGGGCUUGCGUGGGCUCCUGAAGAAUCCGUACGUGCUUAUGUGUGCUGCAUGUUCGACUCUGGGAGGCUUGAUCUUUGGCUAUGACCAAGGUGUCGUGUCAGUCAUCUUGGUCAUGGACCAGUUCCUGGUAGAUUUCCCCCGUGUGGCUGCGGGCUCAGGAGGCGCGGGCUUCUGGAAGGGAUUGUUGACGGCCAUGAUCGAGUUGGGCGCCCUGGUCGGUGCCCUAAAUCAAGGAUGGAUUGCAGACAAGAUAUCACGGCGGUACUCAAUCCUAGUCGCCGUUGCCAUCUUUACCCUUGGCUCCAUCUUGCAGACUGCGGCCAUCAACUAUCCGAUGUUGACUGUAGCACGACUCAUUGGGGGUGUGGGUAUUGGCAUGCUGUCAAUGGUUGCGCCACUGUACAUUUCCGAAAUCAGCCCUCCCGAAUGCCGUGGAACUCUUCUCGUUCUAGAAGAAUUCUGUAUUGUUCUCGGCAUUGUUAUUGCCUUUUGGAUAACAUUUGCAACGCGGUACAUGGCUGGCGAAUGGUCAUGGCGUUUGCCCUUUUUGCUGCAGAUGAUCCCAGGCUUUGUUCUUGUAGGGGGCGUGUACAUGCUUCCUUUCUCUCCGCGCUGGCUUGUUGCGCAAGGCCGCAUGGAUGACGCACUGGAAAGUCUCACCAAGCUGCGAAAUCUUCCGGCGACGGACAAACGCGUGUGCCGAGAGCUUCUUGAUAUCCAGGUCGAAGUCCGUUUCCAUCAACAGAUGAGCGCCGAGAAGCACCCAAAAAUUCAAGGCGGCGGUAUGAAAAAUGCUCUCAAAUUAGAAAUAGCUUCUUGGAUGGACUGCUUUAGACCGGGUUGCCGACGCAGGACGCAUAUUGGUAUUGCAAUUACUUUUUUUCAGCAGUUUGUCGGCAUUAACGCGCUUAUCUAUUACUCCCCAACCCUCUUCGAGACAAUGGGUCUUGACUAUAACAUGCAGCUUAUCAUGUCUGGCAUUCUCAACGUCAUGCAGCUCGUCGGUGUCAGCACUUCGGUGUUUACCAUGGACAGCCUAGGCAGACGCACGCUGCUUUUGGGAGGGUCCGUUUUGAUGGCCAUCUCUCACAUCAUCAUUUCCGUGCUGGUAGGGCUUUACAGCAACGAUUGGCCCGCACAUCAGGGACAGGGCUGGGCGAGUGUUGCGUUUCUGUUGUUUUACAUGCUAGCCUUUGGGGCUUCAUGGGGGCCCGUCCCUUGGGCUAUGCCUGCUGAAAUCUUCCCAUCUUCUCUGCGUGCCAAAGGUGUUGCCCUGUCCACCUGCUCCAACUGGUUCAACAACUUUAUCAUCGGCCUCAUUACUCCCCCUCUCGUCGAAAACACUGGAUUCGGAGCAUACGUGUUCUUCGCUGUCUUUUGUGUGCUCUCCGGCAUAUGGACUUUUUUCUUCGUGCCGGAAACCAAGGGCCGCACUCUCGAGCAAAUGGACCAUGUUUUCAAGGAUAACUCUAGUUCGGGCGAGGAGAUGGUGAGGGAGACUAUUGAGGAGGAGUUGAUCCGAGCAGAGCGCGUGGGUGUGUAA